AUGAUCAUGCCCUCGCCUUUACCGUCGCGGAUCAGGCUGUCGGAGCCGACCAUCUCCGGCGCGCCCACGGAUCAGAACGCCUUGGCGGUGCUGGGGUCCCUUUGGUGGAUCGCGAAGGCGGGGCGGUCCGUGACGCGGCAGAAGGAUGCGGAGGAUACUGAUUUCGGUCCGGUUCCUGUCGGCAAAGCCGGCCCGGCCCUGAUGGUCCCGGUGUUCGUCGCCGCGGUCGCUGUUGGAGACCAGCACGAUGAAGCGGUCGCGCGGGAUCCUGGCGCAGACGGCCCUCGUGCGUUCUGA